ACCUUCUCCAGAGAUUUCAUCUUUCCUAUGCUAUUGUUCUUCAUAUCAUAUUCCUUCAGAUGAUUCAAAAACCCAACCAAAUUGUCGGAUCUGACCGCCGGAUCCUCUCGUUUCCCGCCGUUUUUCCGGGCGAAAGAGUUUCUCCGAGGACCCUUCUCGAUUCUCUUGCGGUACUCUCUCAAAGAAUCUGCAAUUUCAGCUCCGAAUCAUUUGCUUCACAGAGGAAAAAUUGCCGGGAGGUGAUUCGCCAGAUCAGAAUCCUGCAGAUGUUCUUCGAAGAACUCGUUGAUCGUGGCGUGGUUUUACCGAGAUCAAUCGUGGUUUCGUUCUCGGAGCUUCACCUUGCUUUCCAGAAGAUUCUCUUCUUACUUGAAGAUUGCUCAAGAGAGGGAGCCAAGCUGUGGGUUCUGAUGAAGAGCAGAUUCAUGGUGUCGCAGUCUCAGGUCCUAGUACGAGCCAUUGCGACCGCUUUAGACGUUUUACCGCUGAGUUCGAUCGAUGUCUGCGAAGAAGUAAAAGAGCUGAUCGAGCUGGUCGGAAAACAAGCAAGAAAAGAGAGGAUUCGGAUCGACCCGAGUGAUGAACAGGCGACGAACCGAGUGAUAUCUCUGUUGAAUUUGUUCGAAAAGGGCGUCGAGCCCGAUCCUGAAUUCAUCAGGCCAGUUCUUGACUAUCUCGAGAUCACUACUUGGACGGAAUGCGAUUCCGAAAUCAAAUUCUUAGAGAACGAGAUCGAUAUCGAGUUCUCGGAGUGCGGGGGAAGAGAAGUCCAGAUUCUGAGCAGUUUAUUAGGGUUCAUGCUCUACAACAGAGCUGUUCUGUUCAAAACAGGGGAGAAACAGGUGAAAGGAGAUCUCACCCGUGUCGAAAUCAACGGCGAUACGCUCAAUUUCUUCAACCCUGAAGAUUUUCGCUGCCCGAUUUCUCUGGAGAUUAUGAUUGAUCCUGUGAUCGUUUCGACCGGACAAUCUUAUGAUCGGUCUUCGAUCCAGAAAUGGCUAAAAUCCGGAAACCUUCAAUGUCCUGUAACAGGGGAGAGGCUUACCAACACAGAGCUGAUACCAAACACUGCUCUCAAGAAACUCACCAAUCAGUUUUUUACUGAUAACGGCGUUUCGUUAUCGAAAUUGAACAGUAAAAGGAGGGAAGUCGUCAGGUCUGUUGUUCCGAGGAGCGUUGUCGCUGGUGAAGCCAUGAAACUCGUCUCGAGGUUUUUGGCGAGGAGUUUAGUUUUCGGGUUGCUUGACGAGAAGAACAAAGCGGCUUUCGAGAUCCGUUUACUCGCGAAAUCCGAUACUUUUGCCCGGUUUUGUUUGAUUGAGGCCGGGACGAUUCUUCCUCUUUUGAAUCUCUUGUCUUCAAACGAUAAGUCGACACAAGAAAACACGAUUUCAGCUUUGCUAAAGCUAUCGAAACACGCAAAUGGGAAGAAAGAAAUAGUCGAGAUUGGAGGAGUAAACCCGAUUCUUGCUGUCUUGAAACAUGGGCUGAGCACGGAAGCGAAGCAAACUGCAGCGGCGAUAAUCUUUUACCUUUCCUCUGUUAAAUCAUACAGAAGAAUGAUCAGAGAGUCACCAGGAGCGGUUCAAUCCCUCGUCGAGCUUGUCGAGAAUGGGUCGACAUGCGGCAAAAAGAACGCGGUAGUCGCGAUUUUCGCUCUUAUCCUCUCCCCUGAAAACAAAGAGAGGUUUAUCGAGGCGGGGCUGGUUCCAAUAUUAACGCAAAUUAUAUCAUCCUUGGAAAAAUCCGAUGUUCCAGCGGAUUCAUUAGCCGUCCUUGCUGAAUUGUCGGAGACAUUCGAGGGUACAUUCGCAAUCUUGAACACCUCGCCUUUGCCUACAGUGACAAGGAUCCUCUGCUCUUCCUCUGCGUCAAAGACAGCCAAAGAGUACUGUGUUUCGCUUCUCUUCUGCCUCUGCAGAAACGGAGGAGACUUGGUCGUGAUGGAUUUGGCCAAAGACCGGUCCUUGACGGCUUCCUUGUACUCGCUUGUGUCCGAAGGAACGUCUCGCGCCGGCAAAAGGGCUUGCUCUCUGAUCAAUAUGCUUCAAGAUUUUCAAGAGCGGUGCGUUCUUCCCCGGUUUUCGCAUGUGUAAAUAGAUGUUUCUGACAUUAGCUCAGCUUUUUGGAAGAGCUAAUAGUGUUCUGUUCGAGUUAUGGAUUUAGAACGAUUAGAUUUGGGGAUUGUAUACUAAUUAUUGUUAUAUAGUUUUUUUGUGGGUAUGAAACAAAUGGGUGUUAAUAAUUUUAGUUUUUUUUUUUACUGUUAGUAGAAAUUUAAUUGGGGAUUAUAUAGCUUUAAUUGUUGGAUUUUUUUGAAAAGGAACAAAAUCAAAGGAUUAUGAA